AUGGAUCGCAUGGCCUUCAUACCCGGCGCCGAAGCCAAAGAUGAGCUGUUCAAAGCCGCAGGCCACGUCUUCUUCCAGCGCCCAACCGCAAUAGCCUACGCCGACGAGUUCCUCCUCAAGGCUGCGCAGCCCAUGACGGGAAUCACGCAUCAGGCCAUGCUCUCGUGUAUGAGCGAGGGCGACCAGGUAGACAUCUGGUUCGGCCUCCGCGAUCCCGAGCCGUCACUGGGCCACGACAUGGUCCCCUCGGGACAGCCAGUCGGGCACACAUGGGCGAUUCUCAAAUCAACAGACGGCAAACAAGAGACGCUCUGGGAAGUUGGACGGGCCACGCCCUCCAUGGGAGACGCCCACGCCGCCCGCGCAUCCAAUGCCUACCGAGAGGCAUUCGCCCGGUUUCAGGAGCUGCCCUUGCCUCCGGCCGUGCCAGUUGAUCAAGACAAGGCUCAUGUGCCGCCGCCACACAAUGACAAGCCGGUGAUUUCGCACGCCUUGUCCCCUGCCAACUUGUACUACGCCUCGGGCCGGAUGUGGUAUUUUGUCGACUUGGGACCGGCCGACGACGUGAUGGCGCCGGCACACUUGUCGCGGCCCAUGAGGGCGUUUGACGCCUUGAUUCUGUCGAGCCUCAUGACGCUCGUGAACGGGACGCCACCGCUGGUGUUUGCGCUUGCCAAUACCACGGAGACGCUGGGGCAAAUGCCCAUCAAGUACAAGAGGGUGUCUUGCGAGGCGGAUGGGACAUUGAAACGGCCACCGGAUACGCCCUUGGUGGUCCUGUGA